AUGCCCGGGUCACAAGAGCACACGUUUGUGCUGCUGCCGCAGGCGUACCUGUCGAAUUUCCACAACAGGGUACGGUUCGAGGAUGUGGCGCUUCUGGCCGCGUCGCAGCAGGCUCGUGCUCACAAGAGGGCGAAAGUGGUCAAUUACGCGGAGUUUGACACGGAUCUGUUUGAUGACCUGCAGCGGGCCGGAGACUUCGAUGGAGAAUAUGGUGACGGCGGUGAUUUGGCCGGUACGGAAGAUGGUGAGGGCCGCGGUGAGUGGGGUCGUCGGGAGGUGGUGCGCUGGAUGGGGCGGAUGGCAGGGGAGGCGAUCGGGGGUGUAGGUACCGGUGGUGGUGCUGCCGGUGAGAGUGCAGACGGAGUCGGUACAGGCGCUGGUGCUGGUGCGGCCGGUACGCACCAGGUUUCUCGCAAAAAUAAGUUGCCCGACCUUGACUCGCAGGACGAUAUGAUUAGCAUACUCAAGUACCCGAAGGUGAGGGACACGUUCCAACAGAGCAAAGUGGUCAGGCCGUACAGGCUGAACCUGGGACAGCAGCAACAACAUCAGCAAGUUCCUGCAGAGCAGCCUAUUAUAGUGCCCGUGUCGCUGAAUUUGGAGCACAACGGGAACCAGAUCACGGACCAGUUCACGUGGAACUUGAACGACCACACUAUCACCCCAGAGCAGUUUGCCACGAUAUACGCGAGAGACUUGGACUUUAAUUCGCCUCAAGGUGGGUACGGCAGCGGUAGCGGUAGCGGUGCUGGUGGUGGCAGCGGUAACAACAACAGCAACAGCAACAACAGCAGCUCGAGUGCGCAGUUCCAGGCACAGGUCGUGCAGGCGAUAAACGAAGCCGUACAAGAGUGGGGUACCCUCGCGUCGAUGAAGAUCACCACGGACUUGCAAGUGAUCGUCAACUUGACGUGCAACCUGCAGAACCUGUACUACGAGGACAACUUCCAGUGGAACCUGAACGAGAACGCAGAGAUGAGCCCAGAACAGUUUGCAGAGAUCGUCGUGCAAGAUUUGGGGCUCACUCGAGAAUUCAUGCCGCUGAUCGCGUGUGCGAUCCACGCGACACUGCUUCGCGUCAAAAAAGAUUGGACGGAGGGACACCUGAACCAGGACACCGUGGCGAACGAGGCCGCGUUCGGGUACCUCGCUGGCGUACGGCUCGACGUAGAGGAGCUUGGCGGGAACUGGUGUCCCAGAGUCGAGAUCCUGACGGGACAAGAGAUACAGAGGAGGGAGAUCGAGAAGGAGAGGAAUCUCAGAAGACUCAAGAGGGAGUCCGACAGGAUGGGCCGCAGGGGCCGCAGGCGGAUGGAGGACCUCGACACGACGCUGAGGAUGUGA